CCGCUCCGCUCGUUGGUGGCGAGGUCGCCGAACCGGUAGCCGGGGAGCCCGUGGCCUCGGAGCCGCCGCCGGGUUCGGUCUCUUCUCAGGCGGCCUCCCCCAGCAACGCCAGUCUCCGCGUCAGCUUCGCGCCGUGGCUGCGGUAGCCGGGGAGACACCUCCAGCAGCAGUCCCAGAGCUGGUGCUGGCCCCUGAGCCGGGUCACCGGCCUGCCCUGACCAACCAGAGGGACGCGGCUGCAGCAAGCAGGGGAAGGCCACCCAUGCGCACUGAGAGUGAGGAUUUGUGCAGGUGUCUAAAGAGACGGGGCUGCUGUUAACCACACGAACAGAACUGAAUGCUGGAUGUAAAACACGUGAAAGUUAUUUUGGGGGAUGUAGCCACCAAAGAAGAGAAAGGAUCCAGCCUCUAACGUAUCAAGUGCAGUGCAUGAGUGUAAUACAUAACCUUCUGGAAAAGAGAAUCCUGACGUUUUGAUAGAAUUGUUGGGUGUUGGUGGAAGAACGUACUGAGCUGGUCUGUGUGGGGAGUGACAGGUUCCGUCAGAUAAGUCCGCGUGGAGGCGAUGGAUGAUGCUAAGCCCAGUCCUGGGCCACCGAGUGAGACCUCAGAGCCUCUCUUCUCCUUCGGAGUCAUCGCAGACGUCCAGUACGCGGACUUGGAGGACGGCUACAACUUCCAGGGGAGCCGGCGGCGGCACUACCGACACAGCCUGGUCCACCUGCGGGGCGCCAUCGAGCACUGGAACGCGGCCGGCAGCCCGCCCCGCUGCGUGCUGCAGCUGGGCGACGUCAUCGACGGCUACAACGCGCAGCACGAUGCCUCCGAGGAGGCGCUGGGGCUCGUCCUGGACGCGUUCCAGACGCUGAGCGUGCCCGUGCAUCACGCGUGGGGGAACCACGAGUUCUACAACUUCAGCAGAGACUACCUGACACGUUCCAAACUGAACACAAAGUUUCUGGAAGACCGGAUUGUGCGCCAUCCGGAGACCGUGCCUUCCGAGAACUACUAUGCGUACCAUUUUGUGCCGUUCCCCCAGUUCCGGUUCAUCUUGCUGGAUGCUUACGACCUGAGCGUCUUAGGCGUGGAUGAGUCCUCGGCAAAGUACCAGCAGUGUCUGGAGAUACUGAAGGCUCACAACCCAAACGCAGAAUUGAAUAGCCCUGAAGGACUGGUGGAGCCCCAGUAUGUCCAGUUCAACGGGGGCUUCAGCCAAGAGCAGCUGAACUGGUUGAACGAAGUUCUCACCUUCUCUGACACCAACCAGGAAAAGGUGGUGAUUGUGAGCCAUGUCCCCAUUUACCCAGAGGCCUCCGACAGUGUGUGCCUGGCCUGGAAUUACAGAGAUGCCCUGGCCGUGAUCUGGUCCCACGAGUGUGUGGUGUGUUUCUUCGCCGGCCACACUCACGACGGUGGCUACUCUGAGGACCCCUGUGGUGUGCACCACAUCAACCUAGAGGGGGUGAUAGAGACGGCGCCGGACAGCCAGGCUUUCGGCACCGUUUACGUCUACCCUGACAAGAUGCUGCUGAAAGGGAGGGGCAGGGUUCCAGACAGAACUAUGAAUUACAAGGCGGGGAACGCUUUCCCGGUUUAGUCUCGUUUCUCUCGUUUCACCUUUAAACAAAGAGACUGGCUUCGCCCUGCGUGUUGGUGCCUCUCCCCCGAGCCUUCAGUCCCCCGUUUAGUAUUCUGUUCACAUCGCACAAUGUAUUUGUGGCCGCCGUGUGCAUCAGCCCACGAGAUGCUCUGAAAUGUCACUUUCGGGUAAUAGAUCCAGGGCUGAGAGCUGGACACAGAAUGAAUGAGGGCGGCGUGAAUAAGCCGGGGCAGAGACUGAGGGGGGUGAGGCCUCAGGGCAGACUUCAGGCCUAUUCUGAAAUCAGGCCUUUGGUUUGUUUGUUUUACCCAGGAGGAUGUGGAGGAUGUACUCAUAUAUUAACUUUGUAACUUGAGAUUCGUAACAAGACAAUAAAGUAAGCUCAGGUAAACUCUU